CAAAAAUUAUUUAUUAUUUCAGCCAUCCAGUAGUAGUCGUAGUGCGGAGUCACUGGGUUGUCAGAGCUCAAUUUGCUUUCCCACACAAUUAAAAAACAAAAAUGUAUCGAAUAAAAGAGUGACAUCUAGUGAAUACCAUAUAAAUGAAUGCACACCUAACACAAACCUUCAUAACGCGAUGCGGAAACUAAAUAAAAAGGAUCCAAUUACCAAAAAAAAGGCAUUGGAAGAAUUGAUAGACGAUAUAAAUUACGCUAGUCUUGAAGAGGUGGGACAAAUCUUAUCAUUGUGGUCUAAAAUCUAUCUCGAUCUUGCCCACAAUCCGGCUCAUAACGUACGGGAGCUAACACAGGAGGUACAGAAAGUGUUAGCAUUGAAAUGUAAACGUAUGAUGGCGCCUUACUUGAAACAGUUGGUACCUGUUUGGCUAUUUUCUCAGUUUGAUAAUUAUGCUCCUGCUGCCAAAAUUGCCCGUUCAAGUUUUUAUGACAUUUUUAAUGCUAAAUCCAAUCGUAUUCAAGAAGUUUGCUUGCACUGCCAGCUUGAGAUUCUGGAUCAUAUACACGACAUUCUUUCGAGGCCGCCAAAAAAAUUAGAUAAGCAAAGCACAGAAGAUAGCAGUCUUUAUCACAACUUGAUUUAUGGGAGUCUUGAGAUGCUUUCCUUUUUCACUAAACAUACUAAGACCACGGAGCUUUCUUCAAAAUCCCAUAUAAUAUUGCGUACAAUACUCGAGCAUGAAAACUUUUGGAACUAUGGAAAACGUGGCUCUAACAUGUUAAGGAUUACGAUUUUUAAAAUCAUUUACAACCUUGUACAAAAUUCAGCCGACGACGAUAUACUCAUGGAGUGGAAAAGGAAUAUUAUUCAGAUGUCUUUUAACGGAAUAGAUGAGUGUGAUCACACAUUAUCGUCACAUAUGUGGAAAUGCAUUUUACUCAUACAAUCAAAAUAUGAGGAUUGAUUUUUUGCUGGCUGGGCUGUUCUCGUAACAAGCGCCGGAGCUUUGCGCACGUGUAUAUGUUACUUAUUCAUUGGAACUUCGCAAUCACACUGUGAAAGAGCGAGUCAACACGAUUUUAAAGGCAGUCGAGAACGAACUUAU